UGCUUCACAAACUCGCUUGAGUCGCUUAUUAGAAUGAGAGAUUAGGGUUUGUUGUCUUAUUUCCAUAACAUACUUAAAACCAUAACAUAAAACACAAACAAGCUUAUUGCGGCUGAUUUUGGCGAGGCAAGUCGCUUAUUCCGAGUUGAUUUUAUCAGGCCAGCUUGCUAGUUUUCGUAGCGAUCUGGCAACAUAGCCUUGACUGUACUGAGAUGGUAAACCCAACCAAGGCAAACCGGUAACACGGAGUCGAUGAGACGUCAACGACCGCUGGCAAACUCGGUCUAAAGCGACUGGAAUAAAAGACACAAUUUCGACUCAGUGAGGGAUAUUAAGCUAUAAGCCUCAUAUAUGUGUGUUUGUCGUUAAAUUAUAAGAGAUUGUUCACUUUACAAGACACAGAGCGAAGGGUUCGAGGCUCCUGGCAAACUCUGUUUUCGCGACGGCUGUUACAAAUAUUUUCUUUGGAGUCUUGUCAGCUUGUAACAUUUACGGAUCUGCGACACUCGGUUGGAGACACGGGGGGAGUUCGUGACUUUUGGUUGAUUGACUCGUACUGGUUGGGUGGACCUCAGACCAGAGCACAGCCUCCGAGCGGCCCGCUUCAACACCCGCAGUAGGAGUUGGGUUGUAGGUCGAUUUACGGAGGAUAUUCAGCGGCUUAAAACAAACACCCUUCACCCGGCAUUUGAUCCCCUGGAGCCGGCUAGAAUCCGGACAGAGACCUCAUGAAUGGAAAUCGGAACUACAGGAGCCGUUGGGGCUGCGCCCCUGUUCUCCGUUCCUCGGAGGCCAGGCUAUGGCACCAUGGGGAAGCCCAUCAAGCUGCUGGCCAACUGCUUCCAGGUGGACAUCCCCAAGAUGGACGUCUACCUGUACGAGGUGGACAUCAAUCCAGAAAAGUGUCCACGGCGUGUUAACAGGGAGGUGGUGGAUACCAUGGUUCAGCACUUCAAGGUGACAAUUUUUGGAGACAGAAGACCUGUCUAUGAUGGCAAGAAAAGCCUCUACACCGCCCAGCCGUUACCAGUGGCCUCCGGGGGGGUGGACCUGGAUGUGACCUUGCCAGGUGAAGGUGGGAAGGACAGGCUGUUCAAGGUCUCCAUUAAAUUCGUGUCACUGGUCAGCUGGCACAUGCUGCAUGAGGUCCUAACUGGGCGAAGCACGUCUGAUCCACUGGAGCUGGAUAAGCCAAUCAGCACCAAUCCCAUACACGCUGUAGAUGUUGUUCUGCGCCAUCUGCCCUCUAUGAGGUACACCCCAGUGGGACGGUCUUUUUUCUCCUCCCCCGAGGGCUAUGAUCACCCGCUGGGUGGGGGGAGGGAGGUGUGGUUUGGUUUCCACCAAUCUGUGCGGCCAGCUAUGUGGAAAAUGAUGUUGAACAUUGAUGUGUCUGCCACAGCUUUCUACAAAGCUCAACCUGUGAUUCAGUUUAUGUGUGAGGUUCUGGAUAUCCACAACAUUGAUGAGCAGCCUCGUCCUCUUACGGAUUCCCACAGAGUCAAAUUCACCAAAGAGAUCAAAGGUCUAAAGGUGGAGGUCACCCACUGUGGCACCAUGCGGAGGAAGUACAGGGUGUGUAAUGUUACUCGACGGCCGGCCAGCCACCAGACGUUUCCUCUACAGCUGGAAAAUGGACAGACUGUAGAGAGAACAGUUGCACAAUAUUUCAGGGAAAAGUACAACUUACAGCUCAAGUACCCCCAUCUGCCCUGUCUGCAAGUGGGGCAGGAGCAGAAACACACGUACCUGCCUUUGGAGGUGUGCAACAUUGUGGCAGGCCAGCGCUGCAUUAAGAAAUUAACUGACAACCAAACCUCCACCAUGAUCAAAGCCACGGCCCGCUCGGCACCGGACAGACAAGAGGAGAUCAGCAGACUGGUGCGCAGUGCCAACUACAACUCGGACCCCUUCGUGCAGGAGUUCCAGUUCCGUGUGCGGGACGAGAUGGAGGAGGUGACGGGUCGCGUCCUGCCCGCCCCCAUGCUGCAGUACGGCGGCAGGGUGAGCUCUGAACACUUUAUGAAUCGUACAGUAGCCACCCCAAGCCAUGGCGUGUGGGACAUGAGAGGCAAGCAGUUUCACACUGGUGUGGAGAUCAAGAUGUGGGCCAUUGCUUGCUUUGCCACUCAGAGACAAUGCAGAGAGGAAGUUCUCAAGGGCUUUACAGACCAGCUGCGGAAGAUCUCUAAGGAUGCAGGGAUGCCCAUACAAGGCCAGCCAUGUUUCUGCAAAUACGCUCAGGGAGCAGAUAAUGUGGAGCCCAUGUUCCGUCACCUGAAAAACACGUACGCCGGCCUACAACUCAUCAUUGUCAUACUGCCUGGGAAAACUCCUGUCUACGCGGAAGUGAAACGUGUUGGAGACACUCUUCUGGGAAUGGCAACUCAAUGCGUUCAGGUGAAGAAUGUGGUGAAGACCUCCCCUCAGACCCUCUCCAACCUGUGUCUCAAGAUCAAUGUCAAACUUGGCGGCAUCAACAACAUAUUGGUACCCCAUCAGCGCCCGUCUGUUUUCCAGCAGCCCGUCAUUUUUCUGGGAGCUGAUGUCACUCAUCCGCCCGCAGGAGAUGGAAAGAAACCCUCCAUUGCAGCUGUGGUGGGUAGCAUGGACGCUCACCCCAGCAGGUAUUGUGCUACAGUCCGUGUCCAGAGGCCCAGACAGGAAGUGAUUCAGGACCUGGCGUCCAUGGUGCGAGAGCUGCUCAUCCAGUUCUACAAGUCCACCCACUACAAACCCACCAGAAUCAUCUUCUACAGGGACGGCGUGUCUGAGGGACAGUUCAGACAGGUGCUGUACUAUGAGUUGCUGGCCAUACGUGAAGCUUGUAUCAGCCUUGAGAAGGACUAUCAACCGGGAAUCACCUACAUCGUCGUACAGAAACGUCACCACACUCGUCUCUUCUGCGCUGACCGUACUGAGAGGGUGGGCCGCAGUGGUAACAUUCCUGCAGGAACCACAGUGGACACUGAUAUCACCCAUCCUUAUGAAUUUGACUUUUAUCUGUGCAGUCAUGCUGGAAUACAGGGUACAAGCCGACCCUCACACUACCACGUGCUAUGGGACGACAACUGCUUUACAGCCGAUGAGUUCCAGCUCUUGACCUACCAGCUGUGCCACACAUACGUGCGCUGUACCCGCUCCGUCUCCAUCCCUGCACCAGCCUACUAUGCCCACCUGGUGGCCUUUAGAGCCCGUUACCAUUUAGUGGAUAAAGAGCAUGACAGCGCGGAAGGCAGCCAUGUGUCGGGUCAGAGUAACGGCCGAGAUCCUCAGGCCCUGGCCAAAGCUGUGCAGAUCCAUCACGACACUCUGAGGACCAUGUACUUUGCUUAGCCCCGCCUCCACAGACCUGUCAAUCACCAUUCAUCAUGCACUUAGAGGAGGAAGGCUUCUCCCAAUCACAGGCUGCUAAAGAGAACCAAAUGUAACCGAACUUACAAGAGGAAUGCAAUAGAAAAACAGCCAAUCUUUCCAAUUGCCUUCGCUUACUGAUUGUUUUUAAUAUGUAGAUCGCAGCUAUACCAUUAUUUAUUAGAUUUGUAGAUCUGUUUAACUUUUCAUUUUGCCUGCUUAGGUCACAAAACCAAGCUUAAAGGUCGGCUCGAUCAAAUCAUGCUAGAUCAGCGAAUGAGGCAGUGUUAUUUCUUUAGGACAGGAGUGAUUAGCCCUGCUUAUGCCGAUAUCUCCUACAAAGUUUAGUUUCACAACUAAUCAAACACACAUGAAGCUGGACAUCAAUAUCUUCAGGUUCAGAGUAAGUGUGUUUGAACACCUUUGGUUUAGGAUUAGUAUUUUAUUAGGUUUGGUGAAGGAUUUUGGUGGAAUGCCACUAGAUGGCAGUGUAAGGUUUUGCUAAUAGUUUGCAAUGACAUCUUGCUGUAGGUCCUCCACUGUUCCUCUUUGACACUGUUCCUAAUCUGUGACCAGGCUUGAUAUUUCACGAGUUACUCUUACUAGUAAGUCAUGUUUUUCCAGGAAAAAAAAAAAUCUAUAAUCUGCAAAAACGACAACUGAAAUGUCAUUCCAUUUUGUUCCAACCUGUCGGACAUCCACAUUUGUCCCUUUACGUCUCAUUUACCAUGUGUCCAUGUCUUAUUCCGCUUUUUGAACAUUGGAGACACCACUUUUCUUCCUUCUUUCAAAUGAUUCUUUAUACUUCUGUGAUACAUUAACUUUCUGGCCCAUGCACUGCCUGGAAAAUUGAGCUCCUUGCGGUUCCUGCCGUCUUUCCUGUCGGCUCGCUCAUUAAGCAGAGGUGACAGAUUAGCUAAGGGCUGCAGAAUCACCAAAAGAGGAACUUUGAACUUUGAAACUCAAGAGUCGGUAAAAAAGUUUCCACGUAGUUAACCAUAUGUUAUUGUAUGUGCGUUGAACGCUUUGUGCCUCGUUCGGUUUGUGUGCGCUUACAACGCAAUUGUUCGAAUCAGUCAGAGCAUGACUGUAACACACUCGUUGGAUGUGUGUGUGCACAUAUAAUUCCACCCAAGGCAACUCAGAGGCCUGUUAUCCAUUAUUAUUGGACAUUUCAUUCAUUCGCAUUUGUUCUUUGAGCUUAUUUAUAAUGUUGCUUUUAACUUGCAUUGUCAAUAUAGUGCAAUAGUGCAUCUGUAAAUUAUCUAUUUAACUUAUCAGUUUCUUAAUUGAGCAUUUUAGCCCUGUGAA